AUGUCUUCUGCAAGACGGGGCUUAUUCCUCCUGACUUUUUGUACCAUUUACCUACUCUUGGCACCCAUAGCAUACGAUGCUGCUAGCAGAUGGUUAUUGACGACAGAGCGCAACACCAAGUCUGACUGCUGGCCAGAUAUAUAUUCCACGUCUCUCUUCUCAAACCAUCGCCAUUUCCUGAAUGGCUGGUUUUGGGCCGCAGUGCUCUUUCCCCUGGCCGAAAGGUUUGAGAAGAUCCUCUGGCGCUCUUUUUUUGCUGAUGGCGAUGACGAGUUGUACGGUCUGCAUCAUGCCAUUCUCAACGUGGAGGUGCCUCCAAAGAGCAUGUGGAUGAAUAUGGGGUAUUGGGAGCAUGCGAAAACAUUCCCCGAGGCGUGCACAUCUCUUUUGCAAAAGGUGCUCCAGACAGCUGGUCUGUUGGAUGAGGAUGGCAAACCACGAAUAUUCCAGGGCUCCGCGAGCAUCAAACUCGUUGACGUCGGUUUUGGUUGUGGUGACCAGACUCUCUACCUGACAAGACAAUUGUCGCGCGUUGACGAUCGCGACAGACAGCGCCCUCUAUUCGACAAUUAUGUUGGUAUUACGAUCAAUCGUCAUCAGGCGGAAUUUGCGCGCCAACGCCUCUCAGAAAACACCGCAGAGACAGAGACAUGGACGCCUAAUGUUCGAAUAUUCUGUGCGGAUGCCGCAAACCCUACCUCAUGGAGCAGUGAGCUCCGCGAUGUUGUAUCCAGGCCAGUGUCUGAAAAUGAGUCCUCUAAAGAGUCUACUUGGCUGCUUGCACUGGACACUCUCUACCAUUUCAAACCGUCCCGCCAACCUCUCUUCAAUUAUGCCUAUGAGCAUCUCCACGCAUCAAUCAUGGCUUUCGACCUGAUUCUCUCCGACUCAGCCUCGAUGAUUGACCGGAUUCUAUUGCGUCUAGUCUGCCUUCUUGCCUCCACCCCGUUUUCUAACUUCAAGACGCACUCUGAGUAUAGACAGAUGCUGAUCACGGCGGGGUAUUCAUCCGAUAGUAUUGAGAUGCAGGACAUCUCUGAGUAUGUAUUCUCUGGUAUUGCAGGAUAUAUUGAGCGGAGGGAAGCAGAGUUGAAACGGUUUGGAAUGGGUCUGGGCAAGUUGAGACAGGCAGGAAAGGUGUUUGGCUGGUGGGGGAGGAGUGGCGUUAGCUAUGGAACUUGGAGAUAUGGUAUCAUAGCCACUUUACAGAAUAAAGUCUAG